ACGCAAAUCUUAUCAUACUGCUUCAUUGAGAGAAGUGCUCGACUCAAGUGCAAUUAAAAUAUAUAAAUAGGAAAAAAGGCGUUUUUAAAAGGAGGAAAAAGGAAUUACCAAUAAUAAGAGAGCGAAAUAUACCAAAUUGAAGAAAGAGAAAAAAAAAAUGUCAUCUUGGUUCUCUCUCCCCCUUCUAAAUCCUUUCAAAUCCAACGACGACGACGGCGCCGCUGCCGCCACGGCCACCGCCGUCUACGACGGCGAAAAACCCUCCGAUUCCGAUCCCAAUUUUUCAAGCAUAAAGGAAGACUUCUCCGCCAUUUCCCAAACAUUCACCCACCAUCUCCGCGGCGUCGCCUCCUUUCUCACUCCUCCGUCGCCGCCGCCGCCGUCAACUCAGUCGGAGCAACAAUCGGAGAAAUUCAUCGGAAUCAAAAGCGAUUUAGUGGAAAUCGGAGAUAGCUUGAAAUCGAGUGUUUCUGAGAUUUCGAAAUUGGCUUCGAAUUUGUUGCAUUUCGGUGAUAAUGAGGUAAAUGAUCGUGAAAAAAAUGAAUAUGAUGAUGAGGAGGAGGAGGAGGAGGAAGAGGAGGAGAUUGUUGGUGUGACGGAUGAUGUUGUGGAUUUUGUUAGUACAAUUUCGCAGCGGGAUCAGUUGUGGACUGAUUUUCCGAUCUCUUUACCUAGUGAUUUUUCCAUGUCUGAUAGUCAGAAAGAACAUGUGGCAUCCAUUGUGCAGUUUGUGCCCGGACUUGAGUCCUUGAGGCAGAAGGUUUGCCAUGAAUUAUCUGAUGGGCAAUUUUGGAUGAUCUAUUUUGUUUUAUUGCUUCCAAGGUUGAAUGGAAAUGACUUGGAGAUGUUGUCAACUCCCGAGGUUGUUGAAGUAAGGGAGACACUUCUGCAGCAGUUGCAAAGUAAGAAGGACUCGCAGCCAGAAGCAUCUAAGGAUUCUGAGACUGUUGAUGCGUCUGAGAAGGAUGUUGAAAUCAGUGGACAGCAAGUGUCCGAAAGUAAAUUGGAGGAGAAAAAUAUUUCAGAGACUGCAAAUGCCUCUCAAGAUAAAGAUAGUUUGCAUGGGGAGAAACGUCAAGAGCCAUUAGACGAAGAAAAGACCAAGAAUACCACCUCAUAUGCUGACAAGAACGAGGAUGAUGUUUCUUUCAGUGAUCUUGAGGACGAUGAUACCGAUCUAUCAGAUAGACUGCAAGGAAGCAAGCCCCCACACAGAAAGAAAGUUUCCUCAUCUAGUGAAUCCCAUGAAUGGAUUCAACUAAAUGAGAACUCUAAAGCUCAAGGUAGUCAGCAGAAGGCUGGCCAAUCGAUUCACCGGGAUAAAGAUUCUGAAGGUGAUGAAUCCAGUGACUGGCUCACUGUCGAUGACAUUGAUUCAGACAGUUUGGCCACCAAUUGAUACCUCUAAAAUCCGUAAAUGUUCCUUUUAGUACACCCUCUUAUAUAUCUAUUACCUUGUAGAUUUUGUGGAUGUCUUGGAAAAUAAGUCAAAACAAGCCCCCUCUCCUUCCCCCUACCCCCUAUCCCAAAAGCAAAAAACGAAGAAAAAAAGAAAAAGAAAAGAAGAAAUUGAGGGAUCAGUUUACAUGUCAUAUAACUGAUCUCCUUGGUGCCAGAAUUGGCAGAAAAUGGAAUUUUUCUUGUUGGUUUGAUUGUCACUUUAUUGAUAUUGUACAUGAUUUACCACUA